UUACCAGCCAACGUCUGAACAGACGCAGGAGCAGGAUUGGUGCCUUCCCAUCCAGCUAGCGAGGGAGGUGUCCCAGGCGGGGCUAUAAAUGCCAUGGCCUGACGCCGGCUCCGCUCCCGCCCUACCCGUCCUUGGCUGUUUUCGUUUGAGCUGUUGGCUCUCCAGUAUUCUCCAUGGCAAGCCCCCUGGAGCAGGCGCUGGCUGUGAUGGUCUCCACCUUCCACAAGCACUCAGGGAAGGAGGGGGACAAGUACAAGCUCAGCAAGCAGGAACUCAAGGACCUGCUCACGAAGGAGCUGCCCAGCUUCAGCAGCCAAAUCAGUGAGGCCAGCUUACAGCAACUCAUGAGCCACCUGGACAACAACAGGGAUAGCGAGGUGGAUUUCCAAGAGUACGUGACCUUUGUGGCCUGCAUGGCCAUGAUGUGCAACGACUUCUUCCAGGACUAUCCCGACAAGAUGCCGCGCAGGAAUUGAGCAUGGGACACUGGUCCCAGGCUGCGUCACUGCCCCCAUGACCCUUGCGUCUUCCUGAUGUUCUUUCAAUAAAGGUUGUUUUAAACAAA